AUGACGCAGAUGGACUACAAGUACAGCCUGCUGGGCUCCACCGUGGAUGACUACCACAAGAGGCCAUUGCUCCUGCAGGUGGACACUGCACCUAUGAAUGUAUUUGCAGUUCUGGAGGUGAAACGGGAACUUCCAAAGCGUUGGAAUCACGUAGGCUGCAAGAUCCGUCUCUAUGGCUUCCUGUUUGGCCUAGCUGUCACGUUUUUCAUCAUGGCAUCGUACAUUUUGACGGGGGACAAAAAAGGCCUCAUCCUCACCCCAUCCCCUUACCACUUUAACAGCCUAGUGAGCUCAGGUGCUUUCGCCUUCAAUCUUUCCUCAGUGAAGGACUAUGCACACAUCAAAAUGGUGGUCAAGUCCAUUACGUCCAGGGUGGAGUUUGGCAGCAGUCGACGGAUUCCCAGUCUCAAGGAACUAAUUAAGAGUGAUCCACAUGUGAGAUUGCAAGUUGGCCUUUACAUUGUAUACUUAAUGGACUGGUUGACCGUUUUCAGCAGGGAACAGAUCCUUAUCUUGAGGUUAGAAGACCAUGCUAAUAACAGGAAAUACACGAUGCACAAAGUCUUUGACUUUCUCAGCCUCGGCCAGCUGACAAAAGAAAUAGAGUCAGAAAUCACAAGAAGUCCAGCGUCCAACACCAGAAGACCGGCAGAUAAAAACUUGGGGCCAAUGCUGCCGAUCACUAAGGAGAUCCUGCAGGACUUUUACUCGCCGUUCAAUCAGAAACUGGCUAAAGUUCUGAGGAAUGACUCCUUCCUCUGGGAGAAAUACUCUAAACCCUGACCGACCCGACUUCAUUGUCAUCUCUCUCAAGUGCCCAUGAAACUCAACGUAUUUUUUAAAUGUAAAUUAUUUUUAAGUUAUAAAUGCAGAGAUGGAUCAGAAAUACAAAAAAAAAAAAAAAAAAAAAACAAUUAAAAAAAUUAAAAAGCACAAGUGAGUGUGACGGUUUUGCGUGAGUGUGUGUGUAAGAGAAGACGUGUGUGAAUACAAGUGAUGCUUGCAGGUUUUCAUUUGUGGGUUUUGUGUCCAGAAAAAAAUAAAAUA